CGGAACCUGCUUGAAAUGCAGCCGAGGAGCCGGGGCGGGCGGCAGCGGCGGCGGCGGCGGCGGGGGCAGCGGCAGCCCCGGCGCCGCGGCAAGGACUCGGCGGGCUGAGGCGCGGCGGCGGCAGCCGCACUGGGUGCGCGGGGCGCGGCGGCCGGAGCCCGGGGCCCGCCAUGGGCCGCCCCGAGCGGGGCGCGCUCCGGCCGCUGGCGCUGCUGCUGUUGCUGCUGCUGCUGCAGCUCCAGCAUCUCGCGGCGGCGGCAGAUCCACAGCGCGGCGGCGAAGGGCUGGUCAAAGAGUGCGAAGAAGACCAAUUCCGGUGCCGGAAUGAGCGCUGCAUCCCCUCCGUGUGGAGGUGCGACGAGGACGACGACUGCUCGGACAACAGCGACGAGGACGACUGCCCCAAGAAGACCUGUGCGGACAGCGACUUCACCUGUGGCAACGGCCACUGCAUCCCGGAGAGGUGGAAGUGUGAUGGCGAGGAGGAGUGUCCCGAUGGCUCCGAUGAGGCAGAGACCACGUGCACCAAACAGGUGUGUCCCACAGAGAAGCUGAGCUGUGGACCUGCCAGCCACAAGUGUGUGCCCGCCUCGUGGCGCUGCGACGGGGAGAAGGACUGUGAGAGCGGAGCGGACGAGGCCGGCUGUGCCACCUUGUGCGCCCCGCACGAGUUCCAGUGCAGCAACCGCUCCUGCCUGGCCGCCGUGUUCGUGUGCGACGGCGACGACGACUGCGGCGACGGCAGCGACGAGCGCGGCUGCGCCGACCCGGCCUGCGGGCCCCGCGAGUUCCGCUGCGGGGGCGGUGGCGGCGGCGGUGGCGGCGGCGGUGGCGGCGCCUGCAUCCCCGAGCGCUGGGUCUGCGACCGUCAGUUCGACUGCGAGGACCGCUCGGACGAGGCGGCCGAGCUGUGCGGCCGUGCGGGCCCCGGGGCCACCGCCGCGCCCGCCUCCUGCGCCGCGGCUGCCCAGUUCGCCUGCCGCAGCGGCGAGUGCGUGCACCUGGGCUGGCGCUGCGACGGCGACCGCGACUGCAAGGACAAGUCGGACGAGGCCGACUGCCCACUGGGGACCUGCCGUGGGGAUGAGUUCCAGUGUGGGGAUGGGACGUGUGUCCCUACAAUCAAGCGCUGCAACCAGGAACAGGACUGUCUGGACGGGAGUGAUGAAGCUGGCUGCUUGCAGGAGUCAACAUGUGAGGGUCCCCGCAGAUUUCAGUGUAAGAGUGGCGAGUGCGUGGACGGCGGGAAAGUGUGUGAUGCUCAAAGGGACUGCCAGGACUGGUCGGAUGAGCCUCUGAAAGAGUGUGGGCUGAAUGAGUGUCUGCACAACAAUGGCGGCUGCUCCCACAUCUGCACUGACCUCAAGAUUGGCUUUGAGUGCACGUGCCCAGCAGGCUACCAGCUCCUGGACCAGAAGACCUGUGGCGACAUCGACGAGUGUAAGGAUCCGGACGCCUGCAGCCAGAUCUGUGUCAAUUACAAAGGCUACUUUAAGUGCGAGUGCCACCCGGGUUACGAGAUGGACACGCUGACCAAGAACUGCAAGGCCGUCGCCGGCAGAAGCCCGUCCCUGAUCUUCACUAACCGGCAUGAAGUGCGGAGGAUCGAUCUGGUGAAGCGGGACUACUCACGCCUCAUCCCCAUGCUCAAGAAUGUCGUGGCACUGGAUGUGGAAGUUGCCACCAAUCGCAUCUACUGGUGUGACCUCUCCUACCGCAAGAUCUACAGCGCCUACAUGGACAAGGCCAGCGACCUGGCAGAGCAGGAGGUCCUCAUUGACAAGCAGCUGCACUCUCCAGAGGGCCUGGCGGUGGACUGGGUCCACAAGCACAUCUACUGGACUGACUCGGGCAACAAGACCAUCUCAGUGGCCACAAUUGAUGGAAGCCGCCGAUGUACUCUCUUCAGCCGUGACCUCAGUGAACCCCGGGCCAUCGCGGUCGACCCCCUGAGAGGGUUCAUGUAUUGGUCUGACUGGGGGUACCAGGCCAAGAUCGAGAAGUCUGGGCUCAAUGGUGUAGACCGGCAAACGCUGGUGUCAGACAACAUUGAGUGGCCCAAUGGAAUCACCCUGGAUUUGCUGAACCAGCGCUUAUACUGGGUAGACUCCAAGCUGCACCAACUCUCCAGCAUUGACCUCAGCGGAGGCAACAGAAAGAUGCUGAUUUCCUCCCCUGACUUCCUGAGCCACCCUUUUGGGAUAGCUGUGUUUGAGGACAAGGUGUUCUGGACAGACCUGGAGAAUGAGGCCAUUUUCAGUGCAAAUCGGCUCAAUGGCCUGGAAAUCUCCAUCCUAGCUGAGAACCUCAAUAACCCACAUGACAUUGUCAUCUUCCAUGAGCUGAAGCAGCCAAGAGCUGCAGAUGCCUGUGAGCUGAGUGCCCAGCCCAAUGGAGGCUGUGAGUACCUGUGCCUUCCUGCUCCUCAGAUCUCCAGCCCCUCUCCCAAGUACACGUGUGCCUGUCCUGACACAAUGUGGCUGGGCCCAGACAUGAAGAGGUGCUACCGAGCACCUCAAUCUACCUCAACUACGAUGUUAGCUCCUACCACAACGAGGACACUAGCCGACACCGCAAGAGCCCCUGGGACCACCGUCCACAGCCUCACCUCCCAGAACCACAGCACAGAGACACCAAGCCUGGCAGCUGUGGUCCCCAGCUCAGUUAGUGUCCCCAGGGCUCCAAGCAUCAGCCCGUCUACCCCAAGCCCUGCGACCAGCAACCACUCCCAGCACUAUGGGAAUGAAGGUGGCAAGAUGGGCUCAACAGUCACUGCUGCUGUCAUUGGGAUCAUCGUGCCCAUGGCGGUAAUAGCCCUGCUGUGCAUGAGUGGCUACCUGAUCUGGAGAAACUGGAAGCGGAAGAACACCAAAAGUAUGAAUUUUGACAACCCAGUGUACAGGAAAACAACAGAAGAAGAAGAAGAAGAUGAGCUCCACAUAGGGAGGACUGCUCAGAUCGGCCAUGUCUAUCCUGCAGCGAUCAGCAGCUUUGAUCACCCACUGUGGGCAGAGCCCUGUCUUGGGGAGACCAGAGAACUGGAAGACCCAGCCCCUGCCCUCAAGGAGCUUUUUGUCUUGCCGGGGGAACCAAGGUCACAGCUGCACCAACUCCCGAAGAACCCUCUUUCCGAGCUGCCUGUCGUCAAGUGCAAGCGAGUGGCAUUAAGCCUUGAAGAUGAUGGACUGCCCUGAGGAUGGGACCACUCCCUUCGUGCCUCAUGGAAUUCGGUCCCAUGCACUACACUCUCUGGAUGGUGUAUGCCUGGAUGAAAGGGUUUUCUGUAUAUGGGUCUGUGUGAGUGAGUGUGUGUAUGUGUAAUUUUUUUUUUAAUUUAUGUUGCAGAAAGGUAACCACAAAGUUAUGAUGAACUGCAAACAUCCAAAGGAUGUGAGAGUUUUUAUAUGUAUAAUGUUUUAUACACUUUUUAACUGGUUGCACUACCCAUGAGGAGUUCAUGGAAUGGCUACUGCUGAGUGACUAACAUGAUGUACAUAACCAAAUGGGGCUGAUGGUCCAGUAGCUUACUCAUCAUUUUAAAACUAUAUUUACAGAGGGUAUUUGGUUUGGGGGGGAUUUUUUAGGUUUUGGAGUUUGGGGUUUGAUUUUUUUUUUUUUUUUUUUGGCAUAUAAAAUGAUUAUGCUUUGUGGCUAUCCAUCAACAUAAGUAAAAAAAAAAAGACGAAGAAGAAGAAAAAAAUAUUUCAACUCCCUCCCCCAUUUAGAUUAUUUAUUAACAUAUUUCAAAAAGAAGAUUAGUUCUAUAAAUAAUUUAGAGACACGAGAGUAUUUAUUUUUGGUAUGAUUGGCCCACCAUACAGACUCUGUGUGCAUUUACGUUUAUAUGUGUAUGUGUGUGAGAGAGAGAAAUCUGUAGAGAAGAGGCGCACCUGUGGCUGUUGUUCAAGUACAUAAAGAUACGUAUAUUGUAAAACAGUCCACAGAGGGGUAUCUGUGGUUUUCAGAGAAGCCUUUGGAAAUUUGGCUCAAAAAACAGAUGCCAUGGUUUGGGCAAACAUGUGGUGGGAGAAGCAGAUCUUUUCCACCUCUGGCAAUUUCUAGGACCCCAGUCAGUCAUGAAAGGCCUUGCAGUUCACCUGUAGCUGCCGUGACUCCCACUUGGGCUUUCUCUUCUGUGACUGAGGCCAGCGCACAGGCUUUGCACGGCGCCAGGAGGUCUCAUGAGCUCACGUGAGAACAUGCCUGAACCUCGGCUACUCCUUGUUGUAAAGCUCAGCGUUUCAAGUAACUGCAUUUUCCUUCAGGAUGCUUGGGUUGACUUCAUUAUGUUUCCUCUGAAGCACUCCUACUGCCAUCCUUACUUGUAGAGAGCUAAGUGGAGGCAUUUCUAGAACAGCCCAAGUUUACUGUAGAGACUGGCUCAGGCACCGAGAUAUGCUCAGCCUCUGAGAUAUGCUGUGAGCAAGGAUAAGGACAAUGGAAUAGGUUUUGUUACAUCUCUAUUUCUCCCUUCCUUUACUCUCUACCAUUUCCUUUAGGUGGGGAAUACAACAUAGGUUUGCUACCAUCAUGUGUUCAUAUCGAUGAAAGUGGCCAAACUUGAAGUCCUACUGAGGGAGACAUGGCAUACACCACAUUAUAGUAUAUUGGAUGUAUAUGUUCAAACAGGGAUUUGGUUUACUGCUUUGUAAAUAAAAGGAAAAACUCUGGGUAUAUGUAUAGAUUAUUUUUUUUUUUCAUCAUGGACACUUUUCUUUGUUUUUCCUGGGCCUUGGGAGAGGCGGGAGAAAUGCUCUUUUCUCUUUGCGGGGUCUACCAUUGAAAACAUAAUCCUAUAGUCCCAGAGGAAUUCUGUCCCCACUGGCUCCUUAUCCAAGGUCUGAUCUUUUCUUAACUCUGCUGUUCUGCCACGUCACUCCCACCAGACAGCCAGGAACAAGACACGUAAGCAAAUUCUGACACCACCCACCCCCAGCUGCCCCCAACUCAGUGAAGUUUGGAUGUCUUACCAGCGUGAUACCCUUCAAAUUUCCAGGCAGGCACUCUGGAGUUCUAGAACCCUGUUCCUAGGACCUUUCUCCACGUCACUCACGGUCUCCUAACUUCUGACAAAAACAGGAGCAUCGGCACCAUGCUCUGCAUAAACAAGCAAUUUCCUCAUGAUAAGCAUGUGUUGAUAGUCCUGAAAUAUUCAUUGAGAGGCACUGGACCUAGAAUGACCAAUACCAAAUAGGAUUUUAAAAACAGGUGGCCAACUCCUAUGGAGCUUAAUUAGUCACUACUACUCUUUCAAGAAUGAAAAGUAAAAUUAUCUUUGACUGAAUAAAAAUGACAAGAAAUGUUGAGACCUACACAAAACAAGCAACUUGUUCGAUAGCCUGCCUCCAAAGAAACAAUUUCCUGGGGAAAUGAUGCAUAGUUUCAGUCAGAGCCUGGUCUUCACACACACACACACAAAAUGAGAAAAGUCAGGAUGGCUCAGCCUGAGACUUCAAAAUGAUGGUGAAACACAACUUUCUCAGAGACAUCCAUGUUUCCUGAAUAUGUUACAAGUGCAGUUUGAAAGAGACGCCCAUGGGAGCAACCUACAGAAGACAAGUUGCAGAAUCCUCACAUGUCGGAUGGCAGUCAAUAAGAUGAAGUCUGAGGAGGUCAUGUCCGUCCUCCCUCUCUAGUCUCGGAGGCUUCUGAGCCUCAUUCUGAGGUGUAGUUGCGUUUCUGUUGCCUUUUGCCCCAGUGCUACCAUGUAUCUACAGCCAAUACCCAGAUCAUAGAGUCAUUGGAUUUUAGAGCUGGAAGGAAGCCUAGAGAUAAUGCCAGGCGGGUAGAAGAUUUAUCAGACAAUUUCUUCUUUGUUUAAAAGAAACUGGUCCCAGGCCUUUUCCUUCUCCAAGAGACCACUUUGAACUGCCUGAAUAUUAUACCAAACCUGCUACCUAUCUUAUGGCCUAUCUUUCCAGAGGAAUUAUGAAGACACUGGCAGAAAGAGCCUUCCAGAAACAGAAAACGAAAAUUUUAUUUAUUUACUCUUGAUAGCAUGAUUAUUUAUAAAAUAGGUUGACGUGACCUUUAACCUCAAGAUGAGAUGGGAAUUCAGUUUAUGGCAAUAAGUACUAUCGGUCCUUCCAGUUUUCUCUGUGAUUGCAGUAUAUUCAUUCACUGAAACCAUUUGCUAGGUACCAACUAAGUGCCAGGCACUGCAGAUGUACAGGUCAAGCAGAUGUUUUCUGUCCUUACGGAGGAGUUCACGGUAACAAUAGAGUAAGUCAUGCGGAAACAAAAAGAAUAGAUUCUUUCCAGAGUAUUAUUAAGGCACAAAGGAGAGAGAGGUCACUUCUACACAAGGAGAUGAGGAAUGGGGUCAAGAAGGGCAUUGUAGAAGUGACCUUGCGCUAAGUCUUGAAAACUAAAUAGGGGUGUCCAGGCUGCUUCGGGCAGAGGAGACACAAGGGCAUGAAACAGCAUGGGGACUUUACAGAGCUGCAUGUAAUUCAUCAUAAAGAGCAAAAGGUUCAAGGGGGACUUAGCAAGAAAUGAGGCUGGAUGGAAAGACAGGUUCAACGUAAGCACUUUAUAGAAUACUUAUGUUUAAUUUCUGAUUCAAUUAUGCAAACAUUUCUAAGACAUUUAUUGUGUACGAGGCACCAAGUGCACCAUGGAAAAUUCAUCAGGAUGCAUCGCCAGCACUUUGCCGACAGGACAGUCUUUAGCCUCAAGCUUUCCAGUGGCCAAAGGGAAAUAGUGACUGCAUUUCAUACGUUCGAGUUGACUUUUUUUGAAUAUAAGGGCAAUGGAAUUGUCACAGAAGCAUUCCAUGUUGUCAAGAGCCUCUGAGAUUUUUCUCAACAGUGAGAAAAUGAAAUUUUGGAGAUGUGUAGUCUGCAGAGGGAACCCCGAGCACUGUCUAGUCAGGCGCUGGUGGGAGUCGGGAGAGAGCACAGGAAUGUGAGCCUCACUCCUCUCCCUAACUCCAGCCACACACUCUUUAUUUCACAGAAUUUAAAUGAGUUAGCAAUUAAACAUUCAGAGUAAAUAACUUCCUUUCCCAUCAAUGCAUGAAGAUAGAGUAUCGGAGUCUUCUCACGCUGUAUUUUUUAGGGUAUUGGGGAUUUUCAGGACACAGAGAACUUAGAGGUGGAGGAAUUACAGCUUCAAAUUUUCAGUUAAUAUAAGAAAUCAGGAAGCUCUGUUCAUUCAGGCUAUGCACCAUGUGCAUAGUCAAGAAUCAGCAGAAACCCUCUGCAUUUGCAAACACUUUGUGCUAUAAAAAGUAAUUUUAAAAAAGCCACCUGUAUAUGUAUAUAUAUAUAUAUAUUUAAAGACAUGAAGGUUUUGAUACUUUUUUACAAAAACUACAAGAGAAAACAUACCUGUACAAACCAUGUGUUUUAAAAUAGCAUUUUGUUCUAUACAGCCGUUGUUAAUUUGGGGGUGAAGUACUGGUUUGCAGACUGCAUCACAUUGUACCCAAAUGAAUUAUCCUUGUUUGUCUUCCCCCCCCACCCCCGCCCCCCACCCUCGAAUGACCAUAUUUGAUGUAACAGGCAUGUUAGAAUGUUGGGUCACACUAACCGUUUCUGCUCUUUUUGUCUUGUCAUUCCGAGUCCCAUUAGCUUCUGUGCCCAGUGCCCUUUGCAGUCUGGUUUCUGUUCCAGAAGCAAAGGGUGGUGUGCUGCAUCUCACUAGCUGUACUGACAUCAUCUUGGUGAACGAAAAGCCAAAUGUGAACAUUUGUAAAAUGGGUGCACUGUUUCUAGAGAGAGAUUAAAUUCAUUUUUUAAAAUCUGAAA